AUGAUAUAUUUUAAUUACAUAAUUUAUGAGGUGGAUUAUAUUGCAAGCCUUUUGAUAUUGGAUUAUCAUAGACUAGAGAUAAAAAUAUAUCUGUUGACUGGUAUCUGAUCAAUAUUUUAAGAAGAAAUAGUAAAAGAAAUCUUGCUGAUAAAAAAUUAUAAAAUGAUUAACCUUAAGAUAUAUUGUUUAAGGAACAUAGUUACUGUUCGUUUAAAUAGACCUCAGAGUCUAUUCAUCUAUUUAAAAAGUCUUGCUUUUAAGCUUCUAUUAAAAGUACCAGAUUAAAAAUUGAAAAAUAAUUAAAUAAUGAUAUUAAAUUUGGGAAAUGGGUUGAAUUAAGUGAUAAUUUGAAAAGUAUUUAUAAUUAAUUGAUUUUUAGUAAUUCUUAAAUUAUAUAUGUUGGUGAAUAUUAUUAU